UCAUAUACAUUCAUAUAUCUGAUUACUUCUUUGACAGAACCCUGGCGGGGGGAACCUUGUAUCAAUGAACAGGAAUUAUAAACAGGAAGAACUCAACUUGAUAGAAUAAAGGACUUCCUGCUGUCUAAAGAUGGAACGGGCUUUGGGUGAGCAUCUGAACUCAUCACUGAAGGCGAUUUAAGCUCAAGAUACGUGAUGUGGAGACUGACGUCAUCACCCGAUUUUAUGCAGCCAGUCACUGGCAGAGCUGAGAGGAAAAUCAAGAUCUGGCUCUAGACUCUGAGGACCAUGUAUACCAGCUUGACCACUUGUGAGUGGAAGAAAAUCUUCUAUGAGAAGAUGGAGGUGGCAAAGCCAGCGGACAGCUGGGAGCUCAUCAUAGACCCCAACCUCAAGCCCAGUGAGCUGGCCCCUGGCUGGAAGCAGUACCUGGAGCAGCACGCCUCAGGCAGGUUCCACUGCUCCUGGUGCUGGCACACCUGGCAGUCUGCCCACGUGGUCAUCCUCUUCCAUAUGCAUCUGGAUCGUGCCCGGCGGAUGGGCUCGGUGCGCAUGCGCGUCUUCAAGCAGCUGUGCUAUGAGUGCGGCACGGCGCGACUGGACGAGUCCAGCAUGCUGGAGGAGAACAUCGAGGGCCUGGUGGACAACCUCAUCACCAGCCUGCGCGAGCAGUGCUACGAGGAGGACGGUGGCCAGUACCGCAUCCACGUGGCCGGCCGCCCGGACAGCGGGCCGCAUUGUGCAGAGUUCUGUGAGGCCUGCCAGGAGGGCAUCGUGCACUGGAAGCCCAGCAAGAAGAUGCUGGAGGAGGAGGCGACCGCCUACACCUCUGAAGCCUCCAAGCCGAGGGCCCAGGCGGGAUCCGGCUACAACUUCUUGUCUCUUCGCUGGUGCCUCUUCUGGGCCUCUCUCUGCCUGCUCGUUGUCUACCUGCAGUUCUGCUUCCGCAGUCUUGCCUUCCUUUAGUGGAGCUGGUUAAGGCUGGGAGAGGGCACAUGGGCUUGAGAGUGGGGAGGACACAGUCUGGACUUGAUCCUGCUACAGAUUCAACAUAUGACUGGACAAUCCGGUCAUCUCUGUGGGCCUCAGUUUAUGCAUCUGUGGAAUGAGGGGAUUGCAUUAGAAGAUACGUAAUGAUUCUUUCACUGGAUGUGACAAUAAUGGGUGGAAGGGGAAAAGGGUGUAAUAAAGGUUUUAGAGCUUGCCAGGAUUGGUGCUAGUACUAAGUCAACA